AUGAAAUUAACGAAACAGGCCCAAGGUGUCCUCAAGGCAUUGCGGUCAAAACAACCCGAGAUUCCAAAGGUCAAAUCCUCCAACCCUCCUACAAAGACUUCGGACAAUGUCUCUGUAGUUCCUGCCAACCCAAGAGCUCUUUCUCGGGAGCAGGACCAACUAUCUGCCUCUGCACCUGUAUCACCCACUGGCACGCGUCGUCUGCUAAGUCGUCCGGGGGAGCCACAUGCACAACGGCCCGUUGCAGGGAACUGUACUGGCACCAUCCUAGGCAAAAGACCCAGACACAGCAUGGGUAACACGGUUAUCGCUAUACAUGAGGAUGAGGAUGCCACUCUUCAUGCCUCUGCCGCCCUGGCCAACAAUACUUCCAGAACUAUGGCUCAUCUUGAAUCAGACGACGAGGGUUCCAUGGCUGAUUCCAUUUCGGACCAGUCGGACGACAGUGAGGACGAAAUUGACGAGACCGUCAUAGAAGAUAUGCGCAAGCUUGAGGAGAGCUUCAAAGGCAUUUCCCAGAAGUACAGACUCAUCAACCGCAUUGGUGAAGGUACAUUUUCUACAGUCUACAAGGCCGAGCAGCUCCUACAACGUGACGAGAUGGACCGAGACGAGGAGAAUAGUGCACAGGACUUUGACACAGAGCAACCCCCUAAAAGACAGAAGACCAAUCCUGCCCGGCUGCGGACAAAACCACAGAUAGUUGCAUUGAAAAAGAUCUAUGUAACUUCUUCACCCCAUCGCAUCCUCAAUGAAUUGGAAUUACUCCACGAACUUCGAGACUCGCCCUACAUCUGCCCCCUGUUGACAGCCUUCCGACACCUCGAUCAAGUCGUUGCCGUCUUGCCUUAUUUCAGGCAUCUCGAUUUUCGACUCUACUACCGCGAGUUCCUGAUCAAUGAUAUGCGACAUUACUUCCGGAGUCUCUUCCAUGCCCUAGCUCAUGUUCAUAAGGCUGGCAUCCUUCAUCGCGACAUCAAGCCUACUAACUUUCUCUAUGACCACUCUAAAAGGCAAGGCGUCCUCGUCGAUUUUGGCUUGGCUGAGAGACAGGGUACCGACUGGCAACCAUGUCUAUGCAUAGAAUCAAGGGAGAAGCGCAAAGACAAAUUUCUGAGCUCCUAUGCCGUUCAGGUCCUGCAGACUCAAUCUGACCUAAUCUCCACUGGCUAUCCGAAGUCUGAUGGUCGUCCGUCGCGGAGAGCAAAUCGAGCUGGGACAAGAGGUUUCCGAGCCCCCGAAGUGCUCCUGAAAUGCACAUCACAAACCACCAAAAUUGACAUCUGGUCAGCGGGAGUUAUCCUUCUGACACUCUUAGCACGCCGCUUCCCUUUCUUCAAUAGUGCCGACGAUGUCGAUGCGAUGAUCGAAAUGGCAUCGAUUUUUGGGAGGAAAAAAAUGCAGUCAGUUGCGGCUAUGCAUGGCCAACUGUUUGAGACCAAUAUUGAGACUAUCGGUGAAAGAGGCUUUACCCUCGGCAAAAUCAUUAUUUGGGCUAGUUGUCGGGAGAAGGAGCACGAUGCCUUGAGAGCAGGAGAAGCCCAAGCAGUCAAUUUUCUGGAGGGCUUAUUGGAAUUGGAUGCCGGGAAGCGAUGGAGUGCCAAGGAGGCCCUUCAGCAUGAAUUCUUCACAGCACCGGUCGAGGAUGAAGAGGAAAGAGCAGAGCGAGAAGCUCAAGAGAUGGAGGAAGCUGAGAGAAUGAGACGAUGA